GUUGAUACGCUCUCUUCGGCAAAAAUUAAGGUUUCCCUGGUUGGAACGCUCAAAAUUGUGACUUUUCUAACUCUGACAUUCCGUGAGAUUCCGUGUCGGUCCAAGUAAAACGACACCACAGUGUCCCACAGCGGCGGUGGAAAGGUCGCCUUUGAGUGACCGUAACGUAACGGAGAGAAAGCAUCGACUUUGAGUGUCCCACAACAGAAAGAGAACAUCGCCUUUGAGUGUCCUAUAACGGAGGGAAAACGUCGCCUUUAUUUAGGUAUUUCAGCGCGGGAGAAACAUCGCCAUGUUGAGUGUUCCACAGCGGAAGAAACGUCACCAUUUUGAGUGUUCCACAGCGGAAGAAUGGUUGCCAUUUUGAGUGUCCCAAACGGACGCAACGGCGCCAUAUUCAGUGUUCCCACGCGACGUUACGCCCACCACUUCACUCUGAACUGCCGGCAGAUUGUUACGACCGGAAGUUCCACCAUUUUGAUCGGGCCCCUACCUUAGGAGCGGAGCGAGGAGUCGGAUUCUGAAGGAAGAGUGAGUAGCGGAAAACAACAUCGUGCGUGAGUCAAGGAGGGCUUGAAGUUGUGGAGCCUUGUAAAGAGAGGCCUGUUUCUGCCCUCGGCUUCAUCCAGGAAAAUGUCUUCCUUCAAGUUGGACUUCCUGCCGGAGAUGAUGGUGGAUCACUGCACCCUGAGCUCUAACUCUGUAUCAAAGAAAAUGAAUGGGUCUCUGGAUCACCCCGACCAGCCUGAUAUCGACUCCAUCAAGAUGUUUGUGGGUCAGAUUCCAAGGUCCUGGUCUGAAAAAGAGCUGAAAGAACUUUUCGAACAGUACGGUGUUGUGUAUGAGAUUAAUGUACUCCGCGACAGAAGUCAAAACCCUCCUCAGAGUAAAGGUUGUUGCUUUGUAACGUUUUAUACCCGUAAAGCAGCACUAGAAGCACAAAAUGCCCUUCACAAUAUGAAGAUUUUGCCCGGGAUGCACCAUCCUAUACAGAUGAAGCCAGCAGACAGUGAGAAGAACAAUGCAGUAGAAGACAGGAAGCUAUUCGUGGGGAUGAUUUCCAAGAAAUGCAAUGAGAACGACGUGCGUGUCAUGUUCUCCCCUUUCGGACAGAUAGAGGAAUGUAGAAUAUUACGGGGCCCAGAUGGACUGAGUAAAGGUUGUGCAUUUAUAACAUUUACAACAAGAUCAAUGGCUCAGAAUGCAAUCAAAACAAUGCACCAGUCACAGACAAUGGAGGGCUGUUCUUCACCGAUCGUCGUGAAGUUCGCUGACACACAGAAAGAUAAAGAGCAGAAGAGAAUUGCCCAGCAGCUCCAACAGCAGAUGCAGCAGCUCAGUGCCGCCACCAUGUGGGGAAGCUUGGCCGGGCUCAACACACUGGGACCCCAGUACCUGGCACUUUAUUUACAGCUCCUACAACAGACUGCAUCCUCUGGGAACCUCAACACACUGAGUAAUCUGCACCCUAUAGCUGGUCUGAGUGCUAUGCAGUUACAGAACCUUGCUGCUCUGGCUGCAGCUGCAAGUGCAGCUCAGAGCACUACGGCGGGCUCCAACGCAUUGAACACAGGCAGCAGCCCCCUGAGUGCACUAGCCAGCUCAGGUUCAUCGAGCAACAACAGUACAAGCUCCUCGGUAAACCCAAUGACAUCCUUGGGAGCGCUGCAGACUUUGGCAGGGGCAACAGGAGGCCUCAAUGUUAACUCUUUAGCAGGUAUGGCGGCUUUGAAUGGUGGACUGGGAACUGGGGCUCUAUCAAAUGGGACAGGGAGUACAAUGGAUGCUCUGACCCAGGCGUACUCGGGGAUUCAGCAGUAUGCAGCUGCAGCCCUCCCUUCUCUCUAUAACCAGAGUCUUCUUACACAGCAGAGCUUAAGUGCGGCAGGAAGCCAGAAGGAAGGUCCAGAGGGAGGUAAUCUGUUUAUUUACCACCUGCCUCAGGAGUUCGGAGAUCAGGAUCUGCUCCAGAUGUUUAUGCCGUUUGGGAAUGUCAUUUCUGCCAAGGUUUUCAUUGACAAACAGACGAACUUGAGCAAAUGUUUUGGGUUUGUAAGCUAUGACAAUCCAGUCUCCUCGCAGGCUGCUAUACAAGCAAUGAAUGGCUUUCAGAUUGGUAUGAAACGCCUGAAGGUCCAACUUAAGCGAUCAAAGAAUGACAGCAAGCCAUACUGAGCUUUGAUCAAAAUGAACUUGAGUUUAAACAUGUUCACUGAUAUCUUCGUGCCCGUUUGUUCAUCGUCUACCUAGCAUGUUGCUGUGACGUCAAAGUUCAUCGUCCCUCGUUGUCUCUGAGCUUCUCUGAUGCUUGACCUCUACUGACUUUGACCUUGUUUUUGACAUUAAAUUUGAUGUAUUUCAGAAUUUUUUUGUUUUUCCUCUCUUUGCCAGCCUCCCUUGCCCCACCCACCC